AUGGGUACACAUGCUUCUCGCUGCAAAAUUGUGGUACUUCUUUGCCUUGUUGCAUUUCUGUCUAACCAAUCAAAUGUGGAAUGUGAAGAUGAACAAGGAACACAGUCAGAAAGCUGUGAUCUUUUCAAGGGAAGUUGGGUUCUUGAUGAUUCAUACCCGCUUUAUUAUGAUGCAUUGAGCUGCCCCUUCAUCGAUCCUGGGCUCAAUUGCCAGAAAAAUGGCAGACCUGAUAGUAUGUACCUAGAGUACAGAUGGAAUCCGAUUGGUUGUGAGCUUCCAAGGUUUGAUGGUCAAAACUUUCUGCAAAAGUUCAGGGGUCAGAAAAUUAUGUUUGUGGGGGACUCUUUAAGCAAUAACCAGUGGCAGUCACUAGCCUGCAUGCUGCAUUUUGCAGUCCCGAGUUCUAAUUAUACCUUAGUGAGAUCUGGUGGAGGAGCACUCUUAAAUCUUUCUUUUCCGGAAUAUGGGCUGUCGACAGCGUUCUUGAAGAAUGGAUUUUUGGUGGAUUUGGUGGUAGAGGGAGUAGGCCUUGUUCUAAAGCUUGAUUCCUUAAGUAGAACUCAGCACUGGAAAGGGGUUGACAUUCUGAUUUUCAACAGCUACCACUGGUGGAUACACACAGGAAGACUUCAAACAUGGAACUAUUUUCAAAUUGGUGAGAAUCUGAUUAAGGACAUGGAUCGCAUGGAGGCAUACAGGAUUGCCUUGACAACAUGGGCCAAGUGGGUCGAUUCCAAUAUAGAUCCUGGCAAAACUAAAGUUUUCUUCCAAGGAAUUUCUGCUGUUCACAAUCAUGGGAGUGAAUGGAAUGAACCAGCAGUGCAGGACUGCAGGGGACAAACUAAGGCAGUAGAAGGAGCAGACUACCCAGGCCAACAUUAUCCAGGGGAAGCAGUGGUUAAGGAUGUACUAGGUAACAUGACCAAGCCGGUCUACCUGCUAGAUAUAACAUUGCUUACUCAAUUAAGAAAGGAUGGACAUCCAUCAAACUAUGCAGAUGGGGCUCUUGAUUGUAGUCAUUGGUGCCUUGCUGGAGUUCCAGAUACCUGGAAUGAACUCCUGUACGCAAUGCUGCUAGAGAGCUAA